AUGCCCAGGCCGACGCCGGCCUCGUGUGAGCUGAGCAGUGCUGAGUCGGAUCUCAGAGGGCAGGGCGGAAAUUGCUGCAGCUCUGGCGGCACGCCCCAUCAUUACCCCCUUCUGGCCGCGCCAGCUGCGGAGCCCGUGAAAGCGGUGGACUUCGCGAAUGAGGCCGUCGCGGUUGUGGAGGUGGAGAAGGAGUGGGAGGGCGGCUUCGGUGACUCCUCCGAUGACGAGGACGUCAGUGCAACGAUCGCCAGACGAGGGGAGGAGCGAAGGCGGCAGCUCAAGCAGCGCGAGGAUGCCGUUGCGGCCACCAGCGCCACGUUCUCAGCCAAAGCCUCCCCCUCUCCGUCCUCGCCGGCGCCAAAGUCGCGGCCGAGCCAGGUCGGUGCUCGGCGAUCCCACGGCGGCUCGGAUACGAUGGACACCUCCGAGUCGAGCAGCUCACACACUCGCUCCCAGAUCCUCGCGCGAUCCAGGAGCUUCAUCCGAAGAGAUCUCAUGGCGAAGUGCUGGAGGGCUACCUUCGGAUGGUACGGUGGCUUCCUCGCUUUUACCCUGCUCCACUUCGGGGACUUCAUCCUCCGCGUGUGGAGCAUUGCCGAGUACAUCGAGCUCGGGCUCAAAAUUCCAGCGUUCGUGUGCCUGGUGCCCUUGCAGGUAAUCGGGGCCCUGCUAUCCAUCUACAUCACGUUUCACGAUGCGGACGUGCUCCUCAUCCUGCACAAUACCUCGGGGUGGCAGAAGGUGUGUGUUGCUGUCCUCUCCUUCAUCUUCCUUGGCUGCUGCCAAAUCAUUCAGGUGAAGCGUGCGUGGUCACGGCAGCUGCACGAUGCAGAGGUUGUGAUCGAGAUGUCUGACAACGACUUGGGCGUUGAGCGGAAGGAGUCCACCUACGACGAGCGGGCGGCCAACGCCUCGAGCCUCCACGACUUCGGGGCGGCCGAGCGCAUCACCCCGGUGGCGCUGCUGACCGGGGUCCCCUUCUUGCUGGUUCACUCCAUGAACUCCGCGGCGUACGUGCAGAUGCAGUCAGGCCACAAGUGGCUGAUCUCCUGGUGGCUCACCACCGUGGUGCUGAUCUUGACAGUCAGCUUCGGGAUUGUGGACAUCGAUGUCUCGGUUUCCUCCUAUGUGGUGAAGCGCUACCAGAUGAACUCCCAGAGCCGGAUCCCUCGCUGGAUACAGCGCCUCUUCAAGCUGCUGCACGUGCUCUUCCGCCUGAGUGAGGUUUGUCUGCGACUCCAAGUGCUGGUGAGCCUGGUCACGGUUCACAACCUUCUCCGGCAGCAGCAGCAAGAGGAGCUGGGGCCCAACAACACAGGACAGAUCGGCAGCACGAGCCAGGAGGUCUGGGUGCUGAUCGUCCUGGUGCUUGCCGACUACUGCGCGAGGGCCCCUUACGCCAUGGCGCAGCUCAAGAAGCUGCUGGGCGACAUCGAGGCGAUGCUGAAGAAGGUGGAUGGGGGGAUCGCCGAGUUCGACUCGCUGAUGGACAAUCACAAGCAUGCAAGCCAGCCGAACCAGCGCGAGAAGUACGAGGAGAACAUGAAGGCCUCCAUCAAGAAGCUCCAGCGUGACAGGACCCAGCUCUCGACCUGGAUCUCCGACAAGGGCGUGAAGGAGAAGUCCGCCCUGUUGGAGGCGCGGUCGAAGAUCGAAGUUCGCAUGGAACGCCACAAGACCUUCGAGCGCGACGUGAAGAAGGGCCUCAACGAAGAGAGGAUGGAUCCAGACCAGGAGAAGCGAGCAGAAUGUAGGGCUUGGAUACGUGAAAGCGUGAACCAGUUGCUACAGGAGAUUGAUGAGUUCACAGCGGUCAUCGAGCAGCUUCAGGCGAAGAAGGCAUCGAAGAGCUCGAAGGAUGAGUCUCACGCAGCCUUCAACAAGAGAAUGCAGGAGUCCCACCGAUGGCACGUCAACAAGCUUGAGCAGCUCUUGCGAAAGGUGGACAACCAAGAGAUCGACCUCGAAGCCCUCGACGACUUGAAGGACAUGCUGGAAUGCUACCUGGACCCGGAUCAGAACAGCCGGACACCGGAGGCCUUCCAGGCGUUCGAUGACAUCUACAACGACUUCCGCCUUGAGGAGGUCCAGGAUUACCUCGCUCAGCGCGUUCCGAGUCAUAAGGACGAUGAUCGGGACGAACGAGAGGAGCCCAAGAAGGAGGAGGCCAAACCCAAGGACCCUCCGAAGCACAUGCCCAAGCCCGCGCCAACUGUCUCGGUGCACCCGGUGCACAAGCCUGUGGUCGAGGAGAAGGCAGAAGAUGCCACUUCGAGCAGCGCUCCAGCAAAGACGGCAGCCCCUAAGCAGAUCGCGACCAAGGCGGCGACUGCGGCCGCAGCAGUGAUGCAGUCAGCUGCACCGCCCACGCCUUCGAACAUGCCAUCCCCACCACAGCAACCACAGCCGGGUCCUCCACCAGGUGUGGCUCAAGCGGGCCCCCAGGGCCCAACUCAGCCCCCUCCCAAGCAGCCACCACAGGUGGUGCAAGGGCAGCCGGACUUGGGUCUGCAGGCGGUGGCCAGUGCAGUCCCGCAACCCAGGCCCUUCUCUCCGCCCACACGGCCGCCCACCACCACAGCCUUACCCAACCCCAACCCAUUUGAGCCGCCCAGCGUGCCGCCGCCCCCGCCCACACAGCCAGCGGCAGGCGCCCAGCCAGGACCCAAGAAGCCGCCGGUGCUAAACCGGGCCCCGCCCAGCGAGGCACCGCCGGCUCAGCCACAGGAGCAGGUGCCUGCCAUGCCGGCCGUGCCUGCCAUGCCUGCCGUGCCAGUGCCUGCUCCAGCUCCGGCAGUAGCGCCACUUCCUGAUGCGAAUCCGGGAUUGCCGGCGGCCACGCCGGCGGCGUAUGACGUUCCACCCCUCACCAAGGCGCAGGAGAAGGCCCACGCUCUUCUGGAAUCAUCCGCACGGCACAUGCCCCAAGCCACGGAUGUGCGAAGGAAUAGGAAGUAUCAGCCGCCGAACCCUUACAUCCACGCAGACGCGCAAAGUCAGCCCAUGUACCCUACGGAGACGAUGCGGACUUUCGAUGAUCCUGCGCUUUACGAGAGGUUUGACCAGGACACGCUCUUCUGGUCCUUUUACUUCCAGCAAGGGACCUAUCAGCAGUACCUCGCCGCCAAAGAGCUCAAGAAGCUGUCCUGGCGCUAUCACACCAAGUACCUCACGUGGUUUCAGAGGCAUGAGGAACCUCGGUUGACAGCACCAGACUUUGAGCGUGGAACUUACGUGUUCUUUGACUUCGACGGCCAGUGGCAGCAGCGAAUCAAGGCCGAUUUCACUUUCGAGUACGCGUGGCUGGAGUCUGGAGAGAUUUGA